AUGACGGCAACAUCCGAACAUCUCGAAGCUUUUGCGCCCUUGACCUGGGCCACACCGUACCUCACUUCCCCGAACUGGAUUGCUUGCGAGCGCCAGCGAGGCACCGAACCAGGUGAAGAUACGGACCGAUUUUGCCGCGACACGAUGCGCGUGAAUAAUGGCGUCCGACACUGGCUAGAGCUCUACGAGAAACCUGCGCCUGGCGCCAAAGUCACAAAAUCCAUAUCUCUGAUCAAAUAUGGUACCGGCUUGAACGGCUUCCCAGGCAUCUGUCAUGGUGGCGCGCUAUUGACGCUCAUGGAUGAAGCAAUGCUACACAUCCUUGUCGCCAAUACAGUGCUUGAAAACGGCCUUGGCUUUAUGAAAGUUGGGGAAGACUAUUGGAGGUUACAGCUCCAUGAUGGAAAGUCGGCACAAGAGGUGCUCAAGGGCCGAUUAGCGACGGCAACAAUGGACGUGAAACUCCUGGCGCCGGUGCUUUGCCCAGGUGUUGUCGGCAUUGAGACGGAGGUACUUGAAGACAGAAUCACCAAGAUGAGGAUGAAAGCUACGAUGAGGGAUCGACAGGGCAAGCCGUUACUCAAAGUGGAAGGAUUGUGGGUCAAGAUUCGCGGUGCAGCAAAACUAUAA